AUGGCCUCCCCCGCAGCACUGACGGACAGCGUCGAGGUCUACGAGACCGUGGAGACGAACAUCACCGAGACCAUCGAGGUCACCUCCGUCAACAAGGCUGGUAGAACGCAAGUUGAGAAGGUCGUGGUCGAGCUGCCGGCAUACCACACAGCCCCGCCAUGGCAGCUUCUGUGGGAUGACCUGAAGCUCUUCGUCCUGAAGGCCUACAAGCUUCCCGUCGUCGUGUUCCCGUUGGCCUACCCCCACCGCGGCCACACCAGAUCCCCGCCUCUGGACCAGGCCUGGGUCCCCCACAUGAUCCGAUUUGGCGCCAUCAACCGUGCCGUCACCUACUUCCAGGAGAGGUUCCAACAAAUCAUCGACCCUCAUUACCCCUCUGGUGAGAUGGACGAGCUCUACCCCUCCGUCGGAAACCUCAUCUGCCUGGCUGCUCACACCGUCCUGAUCGCCACUCAACUUGCCUUCCUUUUGUCCCUCCCUUUCAUCGCGACCUUCCCGUUCACCGCGGUCCUGCCUUACGCCAUCGCCUUCGUCGCCAUCAACUACCUCGCCUGCAUUCCUCUUAACUCCGGUGUCAAGGGAGGUGUUCUCGAGUCCCACCAGAUCCCCGAAUCUGAGAACUGGGUUAAGCACGAGAACGAGAAGUGGAUUUUCCUCAACGGUGUCUCCGUUGGCUCCCACUGGCUGCAGGGCAACCUGAACAGAUUGUCCAGAACCUUCCACCGUCCCAUCACUGGUGUCCACAACAAGACGGCUGGCGUCGUUUUCGACACGAUCCAGUGUCUCGUGGAGAGAUGCUUCUACUUCGGCACAACCGACACUAGAGAGUGCUACGCUCUUAUCGCUGGAGCUGUUGCCGACCCCGCCAAGGACAGGGUCGUUCUCAUUCUUCACUCUCAGGGCGGCCUUGAGGGCAGCAUCAUUCUUGACUGGCUCCUCUCCCACUGCGCCCGCAAGGAUCUCAAGAAGCUUGAGAUCUACACCUUCGGAAACGCUGCCAACCACUUCAACAACCCCAAGAUCGACGAGGGCGAGUACGUCGUCGGACACAUUGAGCACUACGCCAACGAUGGUGACUUUGUCGCCGAGUGGGGUGUCACUCACUUCAAGUCUCUGAUUUCCGAGCAGACCAAGGAGGCCAAGAACCACUCCAAGAAGAGCCACCGCCACAAGCGCCAGUCGCAUGAGUCUGCCAUUGCCAACAUUCUUGGUGUCACCCCCAGACAGAACAACUUCAACGGACUUCUCUUCAAGAACAAGGGCAAGUGGGGCCACCUGCUUAACCAGCACUACCUCGACAGAAUCCUCCCCCUUAACAACACCUUGACUGGUGUCGUUGAGGGCAAGGAGGGCAGGGGCCACAAGUACUUCCUUGAUGCCACCAUGGUUCAGGGCAGAGGCCUCCGCAAGGGCGAUAAGAACAAGGUGGCUAAUGACAGCAGACUCUGGCAAUACAUCAACGGCAGAGAGCCUGGCAUGGUCAACGGAAACUAA